GUGGUUUCAACGUCGGCAAGCUGUUCGGCGCGUGGCUCAUACCAGAGCCGAUCCGUUCUGCGAAGUGCGACCUCCAUCUGUGUCCAUUUUAUGAGAUGAAGGCGCCUCGACACCAUGGGCCAAGGCUAUUCCCUCACCACCCUGUCCGCGGGCUCGGCUGGGAUCGAUGUUCCCGAGCUCUCGGAUCUGGUGUAUGAGAAGUCUAUGGGGGGCGGCAGGUUCAUGAAGAGCAUUCGGGCAAGACAACACAAUGGUCUCGUUUUCGUGAAGGUGAUUAUGAAGCCUUAUCCCAGCAUGAAGCUGGAGCCAUAUAUCAAAGCUAUCGUCCGGGAACGCAGGCUACUCUCCGAAGUCCCAAACGCGUUGAGCUACCAGAGGAUCCUAGAAACCAGCACUGGUGGUUAUCUUGUCCGUCAAUGCCUCCACAGCUCUCUCUAUGACCGAAUGAGCACCCGGCCGUUUCCUGAGGAUAUUGAGAAGAAAUGGAUCGCCUUUCAGCUGCUCUGUGCGCUGCGAGACUGUCACUCGCUGGACGUCUUCCACGGUGAUAUCAAGACCGAGAACGUCCUGGUCACCUCGUGGAACUGGCUCUAUCUCUCCGAUUUCUCGUCUUCGUUCAAGCCGACCUUCCUCCCGGAAGACAACCCCGCCGAUUUCUCCUUCUACUUUGACACGUCGGGACGUCGAACCUGCUAUCUAGCGCCGGAAAGGUUCCUGGUGGCGGGUGAAGAACCAGGGAGUAGGCACGUCAACUGGGCGAUGGACAUAUUUAGCGCCGGCUGUGUGAUUGCGGAGCUCUUUUUGGAGUCACCAAUUUUCACUUUGAGCCAGAUCUACAAGUACCGCAAGGGCGAAUACAGUCCGGAACACAGCCAGCUUGCCAAGAUCGAGGACCCGGAGAUCCGUGCAUUGAUCCUUCAUAUGAUUCAGCUGGAACCAGAGUCGAGAUACUCAGCUGAAGAGUAUUUGAACUUCUGGAAGAACAAGGCGUUCCCCGACUACUUCUACAGCUUUCUACACCAGUACAUGUCUCUUAUGACGGAUCCGUCGUCCGGCAGGGCGCAGGUCGAAGCCGAAUCAGCGAACAGAGGGGAGGCCGACGAGCGGAUAGAACGGGUAUUCUAUGACUUCGAUAAGAUAUCCUACUUUUUGGGUGCCUCCCCCCGGGUCUUGCGGGAUGGCUCCAGUCGUACCUCCUGCAGGCUCACGGGCAACACGUUUCCUGUCCAACUGGAUCUACCACAGUACGGACAGCCAACGCCGAAGGGACAGUCUGAGCCAGACGAUGGCGUGCUGGUCUUUUUGACGCUAGUGGUUACCAAUCUGCGCAACACUUCCAAGUCGUCUGCCAGAAUCAAAGCUUGCGAUAUUCUUCUUGCCUUUGCCGAGAGGCUAUCGGAUGAGGCGAAGCUAGAUCGCAUUCUCCCAUACAUAAUGAUCCUUUUGAACGACCGUACAGACUCGGUCAAGGUUGCCGCUAUACGUGCUCUUGCGCAGCUACUGGAAAUGGUCCGCGUCGUCUCGCCGGUCAAUGCAUAUCUGUUUUCCGAAUACAUCUUCCCGAGGUUGCAGCCGUUCAUUCCCAACUCCAACUCAAAUCCGAGCCCACUGGUCCGGGCUGCAUAUGCAUCUUGCAUCGCAUCUUUGGCACAGUCUUCGCUCCGGUUCUUGGACAUGAUUCAGGCAUUGCGCUCUGACACCCGUCUGCCCGCUCUAAUACCAGCUGGAUCCGAACCCCGGUGGACUGAGGAUGCUACGUAUCAUAACCUUUAUGAUGUUGCGAGAGUUGACCUUCUGGAGUAUUUUGAAAAUCAUACCAAGGCUCUGUUGACAGACAGCGACGCUUCUGUGCGUCGCGCGUUUCUGGGUUCUGUGUCCGACCUUUGUGUAUUCUUUGGCAAUCUCAAGACCAGUGAGGUAGUCCUGAGCCAUCUGAACACGUAUUUGAACGACCGGGACUGGAUAUUGAAAUGUGCUUUCUUUGAGGCUGUCAUUGGUGUUGCGACUUAUGUCGGAAGCACAAGCUUGGAGCAGUACAUUCUACCCUUGAUGGUCCAGUCGAUGACUGACCCGGAGGAGUUUGUUGUCGAAAGAGUCCUUCGAUCACUGGCCGCGAUGGCGGAUCUUGGCCUUUUCCAGCGGUCGACUACCUGGGAUCUCCUUCACAUCGCCGUCCGCUUCCUCGUGCACCCGAACUCUUGGAUCCGCGAGGCAGCUGUUCAUUUUGUCGUCAACUCCACCAAAUUCCUCUCCGUGGCUGAUAAAUACUCCAUUCUCACACCUCUGGUCCAACCGUUUGUCAUAGCUAAUAUAUUUGAUUUCUCGGAAGGAGAAAUGCUCGAUGCGCUUAAGAGGCCGCUUUCAAGGGGAGUAUACGAUCUGGCAUUUGUUUGGAUGUCCAAGGUAGAGAAAGGUGUUUUCUGGAAAGCAGCAAGUGGUGACGGAAUCUUUAGUCUGAGUGGGACUGACAGCGCUCUCUCCAAAGUAGGACAGAAGGUCCCCAGUCAGAGCUUGCAGCCCAGGAAUGAAGAGGACGAACAGUGGAUCACCCGACUGAGGAAUAUGGGAAUGAACUCUGAGGACGAGCUGAAACUUCUGGCCCUCCGGGAAUAUAUUUGGAGAGUGGCGAUGCGCCAGCCAAAGGAAAUUGACGGCGGAGCAUCCACGUUGAAUAAUGUGAUUUCUCUGAUGCAGCAUGAAGUGACCCCUCAGACUGUAUUCUUUGACAAGACUCAAAAUAUCAAGCCGAGCAGGAAUUCUGUGGGUAAGCCUGAGAAUGAUCGGACGGAUGAGCGGAAACCAUCCACCAUUACAGAUGCCUUGCUUGAUGCUUCCACUACAAUCGAUAACAGGCCUGAGUCUCGUCGAAAGCACAUGCGCUCAAGAAGUCAGAUGCAGAAAGAAAUGGCGGCCGCAGGGCUGUCGAUACCACGACCAAGUGCCCUAGACAACCUCCGAGCGGAACGAUCACCUGUAUCGUCACCAAUCGCAUCGUCCCCAAGUGCCGCUCCGGGCUCCCGGCCCUUGUCGCCGCCCGGUUCGGAUACCGACCGUCGCGGUUUAGGUGGCACGGAGAGCCCUGGACAAGAGAGCUCUUCGACACCCACAGAUGCGGAGAAUCCAGCCCUGAAGAAGUUGGGCUCCGGGGUUCAGAGAAAAUCCAGCGCUAUGAGCCUACUCAACCGCAAGGAUUCCGCCAAGGCGUAUGCAGAGACUGGCACAAGCUCGGCCAACGCCUUCGGUAAGGUUGAUGUCCCCUCGCAACGGACAGAGGGGUCAUCGCCUCCUUCUCCUGGCUCGCGUGAGAGAAAUGUCGUCGAGCCCGGACCGCAUCAGUACCAUGCCAAUCACUCUUAUGCAGGCCACGAUCCUGUUGUCCUCAAGCUCCUCGAUUCCGUGUUUGCAGAAAACUACCCCACUGACUUCUUCGAUCUUGGGCCUUAUGUCAAAGAGAUAGACACCAGAAAGCCAAUUCCGAAAGCCAGCGGGAACGAGCCAGACAAGGUCUGGAAGCCGACCGGGGGCCUUGUCGCCGCUUUUGGAGAGCAUAGCGCUGCUGUCAACCGCGUGGUAGUGUCGCCAGACCAUACAUUUUUCGUCACGGCCUCGGACGACGGCACUGUCAAGGUCUGGGACACCACUCGUCUUGAGAAGAAUCUGACCCCGAGGUGUCGUCAAAGCUACCGACACUCCACCGAAGCCAAAGUGAAGGCAUUGACUUUCGUCGAAAACACCCACACGUUCGUCAGCGGCGCAAAUGACGGCAGCAUUCAUGCCGUCAAGGUGGACUACGGCCCAGCUCGAUACGGAAAGCUUCAGCUCGUGCGCGCAUAUCAACUGCCGACGGCUGAAGAUGGAACGGUCGAGUACCCUGUCUGGAUGGAGCAUUUCCGGGUGGAAGCACAAUCCACAUUACUCAUCGCUACCAACACCUGCCGCAUAGUGGCACUGGAUAUGAAAACCAUGCUCCCGGCGUAUACUUUACAAAACCCCGUUCACCACGGGACACCGACCACUUUCUGCUGUGACCGAAAGCACAACUGGCUCCUGGUCGGGACUACCCACGGCAUCCUUGAUCUUUGGGACCUCCGCUUCCGCGUGCGACUGAAAGCCUGGGGUCUUUCCGGGUCGGGUGCCAUCCAUCGACUCCAAGUCCACCCGACCAAGGGGCGUGGGCGAUGGGUGUGCGUCUCCUGCAGCGGCAGCCACGGCAACGAGAUUACCGUCUGGGAUAUCGAGAAAGUCCGAUGCCGCGAGGUAUACCGGGCGGACUCCCCUGGCGUUGGCACCGUCUCGAACGGCGGACAGCCCAGCACCGGCAUCGACAGUAACAAAACCAAGCCAACCUACAUGAGUCUCAAGGACUACGAAGCUUGGCACGUCGAGGGCAGCCGACCAGAAGGAAUGCUCAGCCGGUUCGCGAUGGAAGGACUGGCGUCCGGGCCCGCCGAUCACCCGUCCGGACCAUCCCCGUCCGGCACUCCUGCAGGAAUCUGCGCCUUCGCGGUUGGGUUCGACUCCCCGGACGACGGUCGGGACAACAGCACUCGCUGCGGAUUCAUCGUGUCGGGGGGUUGCGACCGCAAAGUCCGCUUCUGGGACCUGGCGCGACCGGAGCUAUCGUCCAUCGUCAGCGGGCUGGACGUCGUCACCGACGGCGGCCUCACCGGGAAGCCGCGGUACGAACUCGCUCAGCCCGGUCCGUCUCUCCUGGUCACCACUGAGCAUCUCCCCGGCUCGUCAUCCGCCCCCGUGCCGGCCAAUAAGCGGGCUGCUUCCAAAAAGGGCCCCAGUGGCCGUCUCCCCCGGAGCACGGUCAUCAGCCUCCAGCAGCAGCAGUUGCUGAAAAGCCACCUCGAUUUCAUCCAGGAUGUCGCGUUGCUUCGAGCCCCGUACGGCAUGGUCGUGAGUGUCGACCGAGCGGGCAUGGUGUAUGUUUUCCAAUGAAUGGCCAGAGUUGUGUGUAUGAUAUGAUAAGAAAGCGCCUACCCAAUACCUACCUACCCACCUGCCUAUUUACCUAGUACAAUAGCAUCGUCCAGUGAAUGUGUC